CAUGUCCGGAUGUCAUGUGACAGAUGGAGGGGAGUUUGAAAACAAGGGACAGUAAAAUACAGGCGGUGGUAAAUAACGAGACUAGCUAGUGUGGUGGCUGAUAGCUACGUAGAUAUUUUAACACAGUUUUCUAACUUAGUUUGGCAUUGUAACAUUAUCUAAUUCUGCAACGCAAGGUUCGUCCCUGUGUGUGAUCAGCAGUGAAGGUUAUUGGACCAGGACGGGCCGACAGACCACCAUGCUGCAGCAACCACCAGGGGUAGGAGGGCGCCUCUUGGGUGUGCUGUCCCCCGGCCCAGGGUCCAAAAAGCUGGAGGGAAAAUCCUUCUACCUGAAUGCUGUGAAGAGUCGUCCUGCAGCCAUUCUUGUGGAAGCCAUCUCCCAUCUUGGAGGGACAAUAGAGAGUUUCCUGAACAAGGACGUCAGCUUUGUUGUGACCGGAAGCCUAGAAGAGCUCCGUGGCAUGAGGUCUGAGCGUACCACAGGAGGGUCAGACGGAAUGAGCGGGGAGUGUAACAGUUCUCCCCGCUCCACCAAACCCAGAGAGAGCAUCAUGACCAGCAGCAGGCUGCAGCGUCCAGCCACUGGCACGCCCAGACCAACGGUAUGUGGCAGCCGAGGGAUGGCCCUGCUAGAGAAAGCUAUUCGAAAUAACGAACGGCUUAAGGGGAACAGCGUUUUGGCCAAUGCCCGCUCCUGGGGAGUGAAGAUAGUGCAUGUAGAUGAUCUCCUGGCAUAUGUCCAACUGUUAACAACAGAGUCCUCGAAACCCAGACGCCGGAAGGCUGAGGUGAAACAUGCCACCAAGUACCCUGCUGUGUCUCGAGUCAUCAAAACUGCUGCUUUGAAGUCCCCUUAUCUGAAGGUCGAGGACUCGAGCAGGAAAUACAAACCUUUGCUCGUGCAGUCGAUGACCUUCCCCAGUCUAUGCUACUCUGGCCGCUUCAGUCCCUUUGAGCCCCCCGCACCCCCCCAACCUGAGGGAACCAAAGAGCCGGGACAAAAUAAAACCAGACUGGUUAUAAAGAGUUUGAGUGCAAACCAGGACAAAGCCGAAAGCUCGCUUCCGCACACAACCUCGCCGUGCCGGGCACGUAAAAAGAACCUGGGAUACUGUGAGUGCUGUCAUGAACCCUUCAAGAACCAAGAUGAGCACUUGCUGUCGGCUCAGCACCGUGGCUUUGUCCAGGACCCCUCCCAUUACAGCGUGGUGGACCAGCUGGUGGCUGACAUGGAUCCAGGCUUUGCCCCCUGUCCCCCCCCCGAGACUGCCGCAGCACUGCUAAGGUUGGACUCUCCCCAGCCUCUACUGACCCACAGCCCAUCUGAGAUGCAGACGCACAGCGAGGCGGAGCUCGCCAUCCAGGCCCUCCUGACCCACGGCUCUCCAUCUACCACCCUGGAACAGGCCCAGAGUCCUCCUACUCCCGACCUAGCUCCCCUUCUAUCACAGCCCCAGACUCACUCCUGCCCUGACAACCAGCCUUCCUCCCCCAAAACCCCUUGCAAGUCUCCCAGUCUAGCCUGCCAGCCUUCCCACACCCGUCCUCCUUCCUCCAGUCCUGACACCUUAUACCAGACCCCGCGCCAGCCUUCCAGGCCCGACAGCCCGCGCCAGCCUUCCAGGCCCGACAGCCCGCGCCAGCCUUCCAGGCCCGACAGCCCGCGCCAGCCUUCCAGGCCCGACAGCCCGCGCCAGCCUCCCAGGCCCGACAGCCCGCGCCAGCCUCCCAGGCCCGAUCUUUCCCCUGUACCAUCCGACUCCCUAACAAUCUCCUCCUGCCCCGAUGCCCUAGACCAGCCCCCCAGCCCCUAUGCUUACCCACCUGUUCUCAGCCCUCAAAACAUGUUUCUGUUUGAGCUUUUGUCACAGCCAGACAGCCCCUACUCUCAGCCCCCAGUUCUCAGCCCCCAGGUUCACCAGAAAGAUGGCGAAGGUAUGGAGAUUGAGUCAGCCUCUGAAGAGAUGGAGCCUGUCCCUCUAUCAGUCUGCUCCCCUCCUUGCCUCUCUAGUGGUACAGGCCCCUGUGGUGGGUUGGCUGAGUCAAACCCAGAGAGAUUUAUUUUAACGAACAACCGGCUGGCAGAUAGUCCAAAGCCUCGCUGUGAGCGGGGAGGGGCCGGUCGCUCACACUCCCUCCCUCCGCUCUUGAGCCCUGAGCAGAACCAGAAGAAACGCAGCCGGUCAGCCAGCCCUGACCCCAAGGCUUGCAAGAGGAAAAGGACUGCCCCCACCAUCAGUCAAAAAUCAGAACCCACCCAGAGUUUCAGUACUACUGGUUGGACAAGGCAUGAACGGCUACCUUCGGGCCCAUUCACAUAUAACGGCCAAGAGGCUGCCGUACGAAGACCAGCACAGGCACCAGAAAGCACAGAGAAGGUUGGGCUUGGUGCAGGUGGUGCAGCCUCCAUUCCCAUCUUUGCCCUGGUGCAUGCCUUAUGUCCUUCGUUUAAGGUAGACAACAUAACCAGUUGGCCCCCAUUGAGAGUCUUUGGUACUAGCCGCAAUGUUUUCGACUCUUGUACGAGGAGCUUCCCCCAGCUUUCACCCCAGUCCACAGACGCCCCCUCGGAUUAUGAGGAACGUACCAUCUGCAUGGAUGGGGGGGUCCUCCCGAAGCCCUGUCCUGUAACUCCAAACCUCGCAGCUUCUUUCACAAGCCCAUCCGAUAGACUGACCCCCUGCCCCGCCUCCAACCAGGACUCCAAGCCCCCCCAGUCCUUUUCCGCCCUCGGCAUCGAUUCUGUCCUUCUCCCCGACUUGGACACCCUCUCGCCCUCGGACUCCGACUCGGACUGGGAAUGCGAUCUCAUGGCGCGUCUCGGGCCUCGCGCCAACGCCUCUCCCGCGCUAUCCCUCCCGCUCCCCGGGGGGUGCCAGCCCCAACGGCUGGACAUGGAGCUGCUCCAGAGACCCUGCAGCACGUGGACACUGCACAACACCAGCUACGAGUCGCGUCUCUCCUCGGUUCUGCAGCAGCCGCCCACCCCGCCGCCAGAGCCCGCUUCAGCGUUCUCCGAAAGAGGCGUGCCCAAUCUACAAGUGACUCCUCACUGACCCUGAGUCGUUGGUUCUCCAUCCAUCCAAGUUCCAACACGAACAAUCCAACCUACGCUGUUUUACAUAUGAUCUCCUCAAAAAGCGUAGCAGCACCACAGAGAACGUCAGAACUAAUUAAUUCAGGGAAAAAACAUUGGUCAAGCUAUGCAAAUACGUGCAGCUUGAACAUAUUACUGCAGGAUUUAGCAACUUGCUUCUACAGAACGGCCUCACGACGACCAAAUCGUGACGAUCUUAUGCAUUUCCGGGCCCAUCUCUUACAACUUAAAGUACACAGGAACCAUUCUCUGUCUCGCACUGGCCUUUUUUUCACAGCAGUAAUGUCCCGGAACGGGCAUGGGUAUUGAGAAUUUAAUGAGGCUCUGUCAGAGGGGGCAUUAGUCAAUUAGUUUAAGUGCUGCGUCUGGAGCGGCUCUCUGCAGCGCCUGACAUUGACGGUCAGCCAGGGCCGAAGUGUUAAGUGAAGUACUCUGCAGCCCUGGCCAGAAGCUCUGAUUUAAUCCUGAAAGGGCCUCUCUCGAAGCUGAUCCAGGGAAUGGAAGGGUAAUGGGUGUGUGGGGGCUUGCUGCAGAGCACUCCACACUGAUGAGAUCUCCACCAAUAUUUUAACAUCGCUUCGUAGUACUUUUAAUCGAUAGACUUUUAGACAUCUUUUCGCAGUAAAUAUACAUCAUGUGUUGAAGUGCCAACCGAUUCCAACUACAAAAAUAUUUCUUAAGGGUUUUAGCAGUUUCUCCACAAUGUGACUGCAUUGCCUCGUUUUGGUUUUUACAAAUAAAUGUUUUAUAUGUAGCAAUUUCAUUGUUGAUUUUUCUAGUGUGAGUGACUGGGUUCAAACCCUUGUCAGUGGGUUAAACUGUGGCCACAAUUUUUGGGGUCAAGUACUCUCUUCUGAUACCAAGGUGUUGUGUGUUUCUACCCUUCCCUGGUCAUAAGGGGUUGACAGGUCUGACAGACCGUUUGAGAGGUAGUUCAUUGAAUCACAUUGUUAGAGAUUUGUGUUGUCUCCACAAGCUCAUCUUCAAUGCUUGCACUGGUUGGGGCUGUACAAUACAGUCAAUACAAUAAUAGUUUUUCAUAAUUUGAUUGCCUGAAUCUGUAAUUUCUUUCUAAAUAAUGAUUUAAAUGUAUUCUGCCGAGCGUGGGACCCUAGGAUGGUAAGAAACAUAUGUUUUCAUGGUUUUACUUGUUUUGUGAUCAACCAACUUAGGACGGAUUAGGGUCCCAACAUUAAGGGUAUCUUUUUGUGUAAAACCACAACAGUAUAUUAAUUAUGCGGGUAUACUUUAAAGGAGCAUUAUGUAGAGUUUUGUUUGCUUUGCAAAAUCAGUGCAAAGUCAACACAAUCUAAAAUGCAGAUUUUAUGUAAUAAAAGGGAAAAGCUGCUCCCUUUCUCUUUUCCUGUGGCAGAGAUGUUGCUAGCCAAAUCAAAUUUCCUGGUUUUCUAAAAUUCUACACAGUUCACUAACUGUUGGGUAAUGUGAAAAAACAAACAAGUGAGUAGUCCAGGGACUCAUUGUGCCAUUUGAAUAGUGAAAACGUUUUAAAAUCAAAAUAGUUUUAUGGCCUUUUAAACUGUUGGACCAAAGGUAAACAGGUAGAGUUGGUUUGAAUGAAAACCUGUUACUGCAAUUCACCUUGAUUCCACUUGGGAACAACCUUCUAGAUGUUUGUCCUUUAAAAUUGUUGCCCAGCCCUGAUGAGCAUAACAGAUUUGUGUGCAGGGAUUCUAAGUCACAGGCCCUUCGUGAUUAAUAUUUACUGCUUACCAUGUGCUGGGCAGAGCUGCUGUGGCCUCAUCCCAAUAUGUACUUAAUAUACAGCUCUGUAUAAUUUUUCUUAAAUCAGCAUCUCUACAUAUAUUGCAUCCAU